AUUCAGUGUGCUGCAGUCAUUGUCUUCUUCCUGGCCUUUGCUGUCAUGAUGUUCUUUGUCUUUCGUACCCUGCGUCGCAUGAACUGCCGCCCGAAAUAUCUCCCCGGGAAAUUCUUGAAAGAAAAAUGGCGAAAAUGGGACGUGGGAGGUUCCUAUGGCCAGGUCGCUGGGUCGUCCAACAACCAUGAUCAGGACACGGCGUAUCGCGGUGCGGCCGAAUCGGGCUCGGAAAUGAACACCAACACAGUCCGUCGCGAGACUUCCGUCCGCUCUAUCGCUACAUUACCUGCAUACUCGCCAAGUCCGAAACCUACUGAGCAGAUUAUCGCCCGGGAGGGAGAACGUGGUGGUAUGGAUGUUGUGGUGGAAUUCCCCGAAACCGCGGAAGAGGAGGAAGGUCGCAGAGAGGAAUUGAUGGAAAGCCUCUACCAGAUUCGGUUACAACGGCGUCAAGAGCUAGCAGAGCGCGAGGCCCGACGACAGGCUCGUCGCGAGGCUCGGGAUCGUGGUGACUUUUUGCGUCUCGAGGAGCUGCGGAUGGAGAGUCGGCGGCGGCAACGUAGUCGCUCCACGACGGCGAGCGGUAGCAAUAGCACCCUUCCAUCUUCUACCAACGUUGCGGAGCACCAGACUCGUGGUCGCGACAGACGAAUCUCCCGAGUCAACUAUGCAUCCUUGGGUUGUGUCCGUCAUGAUGGUACCCGUGUUCGUUCUACUUCGCCCGACUCGGAUAAUCGCCCAUUGCUGUCAAAUGCCGCGUCUAUGAACGUUGAUGGCAAUAGUUCCUUGACCCGUCCCACGAGCUUCCAUUCCCGGGGCGAGUCCUACUCGUCGGCCAACUCUAUGUCAACACGGGGAUCGGACGGGGAUAGCCUGACGCCCGUUGCAUCUCAUGCCACCUCUAAUUCCGGUCACUCCGGUCACUCCGGCCAUGAAGAUUCGACCGCCCCAUCCCGAUCAGGCGCUGAAGAGGGAGACGUGGGAGCUCUCCACAUCCCACCUCCGGACUACGAUCAUCUGGACUGGGGAGAAGCGCCGGCAUAUGAAAGCCCGACCACAGAGCGAAAUGAACAUGCGCCUCGCUUGCCACAACUCCAGGUUCCUCUUCCAACCAUCCACAUCGAUGCUGCGAGCCCUGUGAGCGGCCCAAGUCCA